AUGAGUUCCUUCCGUCAAUCCUUUGACAAUCCAACAUGUUUUUGCAUUGGCAAUGAAAGGACAGUCUCUCCUGGUCAUCGAAAGCUGCCACAAGGAGAUGAUGGCUUGACGACUGAAGACCGUCAAAAAACAAAAGAAAUCGACGAUCUACUGUCUCUUGCAUUGAAGGGGCUCUCUUUUAAAGAGCGGCAAGAACAGCAGGAUAUACUUCACGGCGUUGCGGGAGCGAUUGCCGAGGAAGCAACCUUCAUUGAAGCUUCACUUCAAGAGCUAGAAAGCCAUCUUAGCAACAUCAAGAACGGAAGCGUUUAUGAGAUGGCUGAAAACGUGGACCCUGAUUACGUCAUAGCAAGAGCAUUUCGAGUGAUGUUUCUCAGAGGCGCUCGCUACAACUCAAAGGCUGCGGCAAAUCAGAUGCUCAAGUUCUUUGAAAUGAAGCAUCAAUUGUUUGGGAGAGGAAAACUAGUGAAAGAUAUCACAUUAGAUGAUCUCGAUGAGGGUGAUAUUGCGUGCCUGAAGACUGGGUGGGUUCAACUUGCGGGAAAAGACCGAUCGGGUAGACAGAUUAUUCUUAAUCUUCCAGGGCUGAGAGACGAUAACAUGACGCUCCAAAAUGAACUACGCAUGCGAUAUACCAUUUUGAUGAGCGCCUUAGAAUCGGAGGAAACGCAGAUCAAAGGGAUCGUUCCCAUCUCUUAUGCAGUUGGUGAUCAGAAGAGUAGAUUCGGUGGCAGCGGGUACUAUGAAAACGCGAAGAUCGCUUUUACAAUCCCCAAUCACAUGGCGGCCCUUCAUCUCUGCACAGAUGAAAUCAGUGAGCAUCUAUGCCAUCACUGUAUCAUCAAACUAGCUCCGAUGAAGAUUAGAGCGAGAUACAGAAUCCACUAUGGCAGCCAAACAGAAUGCUUAUAUCGAAUGUCUAGCUACGGAAUACCGAACAGUUUUCUGCAAGUAGACCCCAACACAAACACAAUAAAUAGAGAACGCCACCUCAGAUGGGUUGAGUCUCGCUACAAUAAGGAAAGGGGUGACUGUCUUUUGUCACCAGUUGUCGCCCCUGUACAAGUGGAUCUUAUCAGUCCUACUGAAGAUGACGUUCUCUUUAUGGGUGGCAUAAAGUGUAGAAACUUGGGAAACCAACGGUUUCGAGUCCUUGUCAACGGUAUGUCCCAAGGCUACCAAACUGGAAGCAGGGGAUCAAGACGCACCAUAGUAGAUUGCAUAAUUCAUUCGAUAAAUGAAUCUGGAGGUCGGUUUCUGAAACAGCAUCCAGACGGUCUAUGGAGAGAGUUGCCCGAAGACCAAACUCGGAACACCAUCACACAAGCAUUCCGUAACACCUAUCGCCGCCAGAAAUAG